GGUGUCUUUUCUGGUUGGAAGCUAAGUGAAAGCAUUGAAAGGUUUUUCUGUGAGUUUAGGCGAGGUUUACUAUCUGAAGAUGGCUACGAAAACGGAGCAACAAAAGGGAGGCGAUAAAACUGUCACGAAGACCACGUACCGCUAUGAGUCUGAAGGUGGACAAACCCGUGAGCCUAUCAUGGCUGCUAGGCCCUAUUACGCCAUCAAUAGGACCGGCGCUGGAUUUGGGAUGGGCGGUGGCGGAGGCGGCGGAUCUAGCAUGAGUAUGCACAUGAGAUCAUCAAUGGGCGCUUCGAGCAUGGCAACCCCACCUGGGGCCUACUCAAACAUGUCGGCGCUGGGGACAGCAAAUGUCCAGAAGAACAGAAAGAGGGAGAAGAAGGACAUGCAAGAUUUGAACGAAAGGCUUGCAAGUUACAUCGAAAAGGUCCGAUUUCUAGAGGCUCAGAACAAAAAAUUGGCCGGGGAGUUAGACGAUCUGAGGGCAAAAUGGGGCAGGGAAACUGCUGAGGUGAAAGGUAUAUACGAGGGGGAGUUGGCUCAGGCCAGAAAAUUACUGGACGAGAGCGAAAGGGAAAGAUGUAAGCUGGAGUUGAAAGUACCGUCUCUUCAGGAGGAGCUAGAUACGGAGAAAAAAAGAAAUGCGCAGAUGGCUAAAGGAAUCCAGGAUGACAAGGACAAGAUUGAGAACCAGCACCAGCAGUUGUCCGACUACGAGGGAGAGAUCAACCUGCUGAGGAGGCGCAUCAACUGCCUCGAGACCGAGUCUAAGAAGGACAAAGCUGAAAUCAAGAGGUUGAUGGACGAACUCACCAGAGCUAAGCAGGAUCUGGAAAACGAGACCUUGCACCGUGUGUGUGCUGAGAACGACAAACAGUCCUUGAUCGAAGAGCUUGAAUUCUUGAAAAACGUGCACGAACAGGAGAUGAAGGAGCUCGCCGCCCUGGCCUACAGAGACACCACAGCCGAGAACCGUGAGUUCUGGAAGAAUGAAUUGUCGCAGGCGAUCCACGACAUCCAGGUGGAGUACGAGUGCAAGCUCGACGGCAUGAGAGGUGAACUCAGCGCAUUCUACGACGCAAAGAUGCAAGAGUUCCGCUCGGGUGCAACUCGCCAGAACAUGGAGUCUACCCACGCCAAGGAGGAGGUCAAGAAACUAAGAUGUCAAAUCAGUGACCUCAGAGCAAAACUCGCUGACCUUGAGGCAAAGAACCAAGGUCUCGAGAAACUCUACAACGACGCCAUUCGUGAUCUGGAUGAGAAGGAGCGCGAAUUUGAAAUUGAGAAGACCGAGAUGAGAUCCGAGAUCGAUUCCCUUCGGGCCGAGCUCGAGUCUGUGUUGGCCGAGCUCCAGAACUUGUUGGACGCCAAACUGUCCCUGGAGCUCGAGAUCGCUGCUUACAGGAAGCUGCUGGAAGGUGAAGAGACCAGGCAAGGCCUUAGGUCCGUUGUGGAAAAUGUUUUGGCAGGAGCAACCGUGACAACGACGAUCCAAGAAACUUCCCACCAUCAGAAACUAACUCCACAAAAAGGUGGCGCUGCGAUGAAGGGCGAGAUGUCGGCUAAAACGACUUAUCAGAGGAGUGCUAAGGGCAACAUCUCAGUAGCAGAAUGCGACGCCAGCGGCAAGUUCAUUGUCUUCGAAAACACGGGAAAGAAGGACGAGGUCCUCGAAGGAUGGAAGGUACACCGAAAGAUUGAAGGCAAAGCGCCGGUUUCCUUUAACGUUCCAAGGAUCACCAUUGCUGGCAACAAGAAAGCUAAGAUCUAUGGCAAAGGAGAAAGGCCUUCAGGAAGCUCCGACCUGGAAUGUGACGUCAAAUUCAUGGGUGUUGGAGGAAACAUUCAGACCACUUUGUUGAACGCUGAGGGCGAGGAGCGUGCAACACAUACCCAGAGGACCACCUACUCGUCAUAAACUGUUCGAUGGGCGGCUGACAGGCUGCAGCUUCGAAAAGCAAAGUUGACAACAACUACAUUAUAAAAUCUUCUUAAAGAUCUGUGUAAAGCUCUACUUAGAAAAUCGCGAUAAGACUUUUUAAUUGACCUGUUUAUUGCAGAGGACUACUUGAACAUUUCAAAAUCAUUUCAUUCUAAGUAUCGAUACCGUUGUAUCCAUUGCAACUUUUUAUCAUGAUUGUUAACUUAAAUAAUUCAUUCUAAUGCAACCAGUCCUUGUUCAAACAUAUUGGUUUCAUCUUUGUCAUAAAAGAGUCUUAAUCUAAAAUACGGAAAUAUCCGAGUACAUGUAUUUGCAAGUAAUGCUUCAUAAAUCUAAUAUAAAGUAGAUAAAAAGACGUUCAUAGUAAUAAUAUUCGUCAGCUCGUUGUAAAAAUUGUAGGACUACAUUACAUUACAAUUACCUUCGCUUCAGGCCCGCCAUCUUUGAGAUGAAAUCUAUCGCAUUUCCUCUCCAAUGUGGCGCUUACAUUUUGUGUUUAUGUUUUACACUGCAGAGAUUUUUAUGAAUGUCCAAAUCAUUGUUCGAGAAGGCGCUUUCGAAAACCUCACAAUCGUGUGAACUUCGUUUCAAUAUCUCUGCUGCAUCAUACAAUGCGCUAUGUCCUAGAAACGAGGUUAAUCGAUUGUGGUAGUUUUUCGACUCCGUCUCAAAGCAGCUGUGAUUACUUUUCAAAUGUGUGGAUAGCACAAAUUUAGCUCUUUUCUUGGUUUGAUGAGUAUAUGAGGAAGAUUGGGUGGAAAGUUUUUUUUAAUUCGCAUGAAUAGAAUCCGAUAUUGAGUGCAAGUGCAUGAUAUUCAAAUAGAACACACAAAAAUGUCGGAUGACCUUGACCAUUUCAAGGAACAAUCUUCUUCUUUUCGAUGAACAUACUUGACACAUGCUGUAUGAGGUGGUGUGCAAUAACACGAUUUGCUCUAAGGAAUGACAUUACUGGCUUUUUCCCAACCAAAAAUCACCGUUAAAUUAAACGGUGUGUAUAAAGAAUUCUACUAUUUAUUCUUUUUUUCCCGAUGUGCUUAAUAUCGAGUGUCAUAUUUUCCAUAAAAUUUGCAAAUGCGUAACUCUAAAUUGUUAACCGGUAUACUUCUUGUAUCUCACCCGGAGCACUGCACUCUUAAUCGAUGUUGCUGCUCUCUCUGUGUACAGUGCAUUUGUAAGUGUGUAGCCUUGAUGCAACAAACUAGCCAAGUUUAAUCCUCAUUUCGGUUUCGUAUAAUGGAAUUAAUAGUGUGACGAUGCGAUGAUUUGACAUUAAUCUACUCAAACUGCUUCGGCAAUUGUGCUGAAUUUUGUACCGUUUUGUACGUUUGCAAAUUUCCCUACAUUUUAGACAUUCCACUCGUUUUAUUUGAAAUACGUAGGUAGAAAUGCUAAUGAUUAACUUACAUAUAACAAAGAGAGUACUUAGAGUGCGACGGGCAAACUAGUUGUGAGAAGCUGAUGGCAUCAUUGUUAGGCGUAAUUAAAAGCUUACGUAUCGGCCGAGAGUCAUCCACAGACCAAGAUGGUGCCUUUCGUAAGAUUAGAGAGUAACGCCAUGAGAUCAAACGGCGUGUUUUAAAUGACGAUUGCAUAAUGAAGCGUACGAUCAAAGGAUCAAUGAAAUAAGUUGUUUACAAUAAAGCCCAGGAUAUACAGUGAUCACUUGUAUUAUUGUGUAUGGUCAAUAAAGUUGCUUCUAUACUGUACUCGAAGUAGUAGA